UAAUUGCGCUGAUGCCUCAUGAAGAUUUGUUACCUUGCCAUAAUAAUGGGGAUAUAGAUUCGUAUAUACAGGUACAUUCAUGUAGUUUCAUUGCACUGUAAAAGAUCAAGAUGUUUGUACCACGGUCAGUGGGACAUAAAAACAAACAAUCGAAAAAACAGAAACCAACUUCGUUAAAAAGUUCAGUAUCCAUGAGCCCUCACGUAGGUACAGAUUCUCCGGCACUACCCAAAGUUGAAAUCAAAGAUGAUAAACACGAGAGGAAAGAUAUAAAAACUCUGAUGCCGAAAGAAUUGCGUGAUCCAUUGGACACUGAUCAAGUGUUAGAAAAUUCGAACGUUGUCUCUGAUGAUGUUGGGAGCAAAGAUGACGUCAUUUCUUAUCGCAAAGACCAGCGAUGGCCGAUGCCGGGAGAGCCAGUCUGCGUUAUGUGUGGACGGUAUGCUGAAUACAUCUGUGAUCAAACUGACACAGAUGUGUGUAGUUUAGAAUGCAAGGGAAAACACUUGGCUGAUGUAGGCAUGCCAAUAUUACCAAUAGAUAAUGAUAAUAAAUGCAAGGAUGUGACGCAGACAUCUAAUAGUGAUACCCAUCCACCAUCAUUCUCGUUACACUCUACGAUUGCACAAGAUACGUUGUCGUCUGUUGUUACUGAACACACUUUAAUCUACAGUUAUAAGGAACAUGAUGAAAUAAAGAGACUAAGUAAUGAACAGGUGGAUGAACUGAAAGUACAGUUAGGAAUCAGUAUUCGUGGAAUUGAAGUUCCCAGACCUAUUCUAGAAUUCAGACAUUUAUCGCUUCCUGAAAAGCUGUCAUCCAACUUACAUUCUGCGGGCUACGAGUCGCCUACUGCGGUGCAGAUGCAAGUCUUACCCGUGUUCUUAUGCCAACGUGAUACCAUGGUGUGUGCUCAAACUAGCUCUGGCAAGACAUUGGCAUUUCUGUUGCCUAUCAUUAUCCAUAUACAAAAUCACAUGACCAGCAAUCCAGCUUGUCAUGUGCCAUUAGCACUGAUAUUGGCACCAACCAGAGAGCUUUGUAUGCAGAUAGAAGAUCAAGCUAAAGAGCUUAUGCAAGGUAUUCCUAGAAUGAAGACUUCUUUACUAGUAGGAGGUCUACCCAUGCCUACACAGUUGUACAGACUAAGCAAGGGAGUUCAGCUAAUUGUUGCUACACCUGGAAGACUUAAAGAUAUACUUGACAGAGGAGGAGUCAUUUUGGAGUCUCUUCAAGUGGUCAUCAUUGAUGAAAUGGAUUCUAUGUUACACAUGGGUUUUCAAGAACAGGUACUGGACAUUUUAAAGCAUGCACCAGAUGAUGUACAGACCAUGAUGUGUUCUGCCACAAUUCCUUCAGCUAUUGAGAAAAUGGCAUCUUCUUUGUUAUCAAAUCCUGUGUAUGUCUCCUUAGGAAAGCCUAGUAUGCCAAAUGAAGCAGUGAGACAAAUUAUACUCUGGGUGGAAGAACCAUCCAAGAAGAAAAAAUUGUACAGUAUUUUACAAGAUCCAAAAUAUUUCAAACCGCCUAUGGUAGUAUUUGUUGAAAGUAGAGUAGGAGCUGACUUUUUAGCAGAAGCCAUUCAUAAGAUAUGUGGUGUGAACUGUUUAGCUCUACACGGCGAAAAGCAGCAGAGUGAUCGGACGUUUAUUUUACAACAGUUUCUAGAUGGUAACAUACAAGUGUUAGUAUGUACUGGUUUAGUUGGUAGAGGUAUUGACUUCCCCAAAGUGAAGUUGGUCAUUAACUUUGACAUGCCAAGUAGAAUUGAACAGUAUGUACACCAGGUUGGUAGAGCCAGUAGACUUGGUGAGAGAGGGACUACAAUCACUUUCAUCAAUAAUGGCUGCAAAUAUAUCCUUUUAUUAUUAGUGUUACAAGCUCUACCUGAUGUGGUAGAUUGUGUGGGUUUGAACGCCUUACUUGGCCACCGUUUUCAGAAAUUGAGGAAGAAGACUGUAAUCUCCUUGUCAACUCCAGACAUUGCACUGCUACUAAAGCUGCUCACUCCUAGCCAAGCUGCGGGAUCUGAUAUACAAUAG